GAAAGAUGGGAGCAGCAGCUAAGCAAGUAAUUAACCAAACCUCUUUAACAAACACAUUUUUCUUUCAGUCACUUCUCAGCUGCCAUCACUCUAGACUUUUAACGUGCCAACCCUGACCAUUCUUCACAUAACUAGUAUCUUUCAGACAAAACUACCCUUUCGUUUUAAGACAUUCUACAACACUGUCCAAGAAGUACAAUCUUGGAAAGCCUGCCUCUCCAUCAAACGAAACAGUCUCUCCUCCUUUCUCUCUCUUCAUUGUCUUUGCCGAUGUAAAUUUUUGUCUCAAACUGCUUUCGAAUAUUCAAACUUUCUUCCUCUUUAUCUCUCUCUAAAGUUGCAAUUUUUACUAUUUGAAACCUUCAAAAACAAAAACAAAAACAAAAAAAUACUAGCAAAAAGGAAGAUAGUUAGCUCCCCUCCCCCCUUUUGAUUAAAACCCACGAAAUCUUUUUCCAAGAAGCCUACUUGUUUCUUGGCAGAGAAUUUUUGAUCAAAUUUUCUUGGGAGAUUCCUGUCGAAAGUUUGGGUAUUUCUUGGUGGAUUUUGGUCGUUAGGUUGAAAGACUAAAAGAGUUUUUAUUUUAUAGAAAGAAGGAAUAGUAUGAAGAUCAAAGAAGAUGAUCAUGAAGCUGUGAAGGGCUUUUAGCUUUAGACAAGGGUUCUGUUGCUUUGAAUUUCUAGGAGAGAAAAGUUAAAGCUUCCUAGCCAAUUUGGUUGAAGACUUGAGAAGGAUAUUUAAGCUCAUCUUAUUAAGACGUUUAGCCAUACAGUAAUGCCAAAGAAUCAGUUGGCUGAAGAGACUAGAAAUUUCUUUGAGACUACAUUUCUUAUUCUUUCUUCUGAGACAUGGUGAUUGGGAGCUCACAUCGCCCGACUUAUUUUUUCUUUAUUGAACUUGUGAAGUUCAGAGUAAUAACGAACAAGCAAAACAUUAUGGUUGCAAAGGGACGCCAGAAUGCCACUGACUCUCAGAAAGUGGAGGUGGGAGAGAUAGAUACUAGUGCACCUUUCCAAUCUGUUAAAGAUGCUGUCACUCUAUUUGGUGAAGGUGCUUUCUCUGGGGAAAAACCUGCCAUGAAAAAGGCAAAAGCUCACUCUGCAGAGAGAGUUCUAGCCAAGGAGACUCAGCUUCACCUUACUCAAAAAGAGUUGAACAAGUUAAAGGAACACUUAUCAAAUGCUGAGAUAACUAAGGCUCAAGCACUUGUAGAGCUAGAAAGGGCUAAAAAAACAGCUGAGGAACUCUCACACAAACUCAAAACUGUUAACGAGUCCAAGGAUUGUGCAGUCAAGGCUACAGAAGCUGCAAAGAAUAAGGCUAAGCAGAUUGAAGAAGCAAAUUCUGGUAUUCUUCCCGGACCCGAUGGAACUAGGAGCCAGGACUCGGAAACUGCAAGGGAACAAUACAUGACUGUAAUUACUGAACUUGAUGCUGCUAAACAAGAAUUGAGGAAGGUCCGUCAGGACUGUAAUGCAUCCUUAGAAGUGAAAAUUGCUGCCUUCAACCAAACAGAAGAAGCUGAACAUGCAGCUAAGGUUAACAUGGAGAAGGUUGGAGAGCUCUCUAGGGAAAUUUCAUAUGUACAGGAGUCGAUCGGACAAGUGAAGCUUGCAUCUCUUGAAACACAGCAAGAACAAGCUAAAAUGUUUGCUGAAAAGGACACUCAGAAGCAAUUAUAUAAAGCUACCCUUGAAGAGUCAACAAAGAAGUUGCUUGCUUUGAAGAAUGAGUUUGACCCUGAACUUAUGCGAAAUCUUGAAGCUCAACUGCUUGAAACAGAUAAUCAGAUUGGGUCUUUGCAGAAACAGAUGGAAAGUGCAAAGGCUUCCGAUCUGGAGUCUGUGCGAACUAUUACUUCAGAGCUAGAUGGUGCUAAAGAAUCGCUGCAAAAAGUCGCUGAAGAAGAGAAUUCCUUGAGGAGUUUGGUGGAGUCUCUUAAGGUGGAACUAGAAAAUGUGAAUAAAGAGCAUUCUGAGCUGAAGGAGAAGGAAGCGGAAACUGAGUCCAUUGCUGGGAAUCUGCAUGUCAAGCUUCGGAAAAGUAAAUCAGAGCUUGAAACUUUCCUUUCGGAGGAAUCCAAAACAAGAGGUGCCUGUGCAGAAAUGUUAUCAACCCUCCAACAGCUAUCAGUGGAAACAGAAAAUGCACGGCAAAAAGCGGAAGAGAUGAAAAUGGAAGCUGAGAAGUUAAAGUUGGAAGCUGAAGCCUCGAGAAUUGCACUUCAGGAAGCAGAUAAGCAGCUGGUAGUUGCUCUGGAAGAAGCUGAAGCUGCAAAAGAAGCCGAGACUAGGGCACUUGAUCAAAUAAAGAUGCUUUCUGAGAAAACAAAUGCUGCACGUGCCUCAACCUCUGAAUCUGGAGCCAAUAUAACUAUCUCCAGGGAAGAGUUCGAGUCUUUGAGUCGUAAAGUUGAAGAGUCUGAUAAUAUAGCUGAAAUGAAAGUGGCAGCUGCCAUGGCUCAGGUCGAAGCUGUGAAGGCUAGUGAAAAUGAGGCCCUUAAGAGACUAGAGGCAACUCAAAAAGAGAUUGAAGAUAUGAAGGUUGCAACUGCAGAUGCUUUGAAGAGGGCAGAGAUGGCUGAAGCUGCAAAGAGGGCUGUGGAGGGAGAGCUCCGGAAGUGGCGUGAAAAGGAACAGAAGAAAGCAGUUGCAGCUGCAUCUCGGAUUCUGAUAGAAGCACAGAUGUCAACAGAAUCAUCCCCGCAGCACUACAGAAUUCAAAAGCAGAACCCACCAGAGAAAAUUGUGCAGGCUAAAAUGUUGGAAAAAGAGAAGUCUUCUGUCUCGAAAAAGGUGCUUUUACCUAAUAUCAGCGGUAUCUUCAAUCGAAGAAAGAACCAAAUUGAGGGUGGAUCUCCGUCGUAUCUGCCUGGUGAGAAGACUCUGUAACAUUGAUUUGCCUGAUCUUUGUACAUUUAUCAAUGGUUGAGAGAAACAUAUUUGGUUGUGUGUACAUCUGAGAACUGUGAAAUCAAAUCCCUGUUAUUCUUGUGUGAGGAAUUUAAAGUGGAAUAUCUAAGGAUUAGUUUGCAAGCAAA